UCUAUUGAUGCAGUCACUCAACGCACAAGCCUCAGCUCAGUCGGUCUACUUCAUUCUACCGCUCAACCCAACCCAACACAAUCCAAGCCAAAUCAACUAUGAAGCUAUUGGGCCUUCUGCUCUUUGUGGCCUAUUGGCUGAUGGCUAUUCGCGCAGCCAGUGUGCCCGGCAUCGAAGUGCCCGUGGAGGUGCCCGAGGAGGUGCUCCCCGAGGAGAACGAAACAGCCAAGAAUACAAGCAGUGAAAGCAGCAGCAACUCCACCCUGAAGCUGGUGCAUGUGCUCUUUCGCCAUGGUCCUCGCACACCCGUCAGCACCUAUCCCAAAGAUCCCUAUAUCAACGAAACAUACGAACCCUAUGGCUGGGGACAGUUGACCAAUUCUGCCAAGGUUGAGCUAUACAAGAUAGGCAAACAACUGCGAGGCCGCUAUAAAGAUUUCCUGGCUCCCUACUAUCAGCCCGACAUGAUCCGAGCCCAAUCAUCGGCAUCCCCACGCACCAUGAUGUCACUGCAAAUGGUGCUGGGAGGGCUCUUUCCACCCGAGAACACGCCCAUGGAGUGGAAUCUGAUGCUCAACUGGCAGCCCAUACCAAUCCUUGUGGAGCCCGAGGAAACGGAUGUUCGUCUACGGAUGAAGGUUCCUUGUCCCCGCUACGACGAGGCCGUGCAGGAGGUGAUGAACAGCCCCGAGGUGAAAGAGUUUCAUGCCCAAAACUCCCAGCUGCUGCAGGAACUGACCGAUCUUACGGGUCUCAAUGUGACCUAUGCCCACGAUGUGACCAAUGUUUUCAUUACGCUGCUCUGUGAGCAGACCUACGGCCUGGAGCUGCCUCAAUGGACCAAGGAGUACUUUCCCGAUAAGAUGCUGCCACUGGCUGCCCAGUCCUACAUCUAUGACGCCUACACGACCGAGCUGCGCAAGCUGAAGGGCGGCUUCUUCCUGGAUCACAUCUUCGAGCAGAUGCAGUCGAAGAUCUCCGGGAAGAUUCAGCCUUCCGAUCGCAAGAUGUACAUCUCCUGCGGUCACGAUUGGACCAUUACAAACGUGUUAUCUGCACUGGAUGUGUGGCAGCCGCAGAUGCCACGAUUCUCUUCCCUCAUUGCCUUCGAGCUGCGGCAGCAUGACGAUACGGGGGAGUAUUUCGUGGAGAUCUUCUUCCAAAACGAUCCCAACAAAGAGCCGGAGCAACUGCAGGUUCCGGGCUGCGCUAAACAGUGUCCCAUUGAGAAGUUGCUGGAGCUUAUGGAGCACGUCCUACCAGACGGCUCCUACCAGCAGCUGUGCCUGGCCAAGGGCCCCGUCAAUGGUGCAAAGAUCAGCUAUCACAAGUGAUACCUGCUCGACGAUUGAUGGGUUGAAUGAUGAUAUAUUGUGCAGUAUUAAGCUUACAUAAAGUAUAUUUUAUCUCUAC